AAAAAGGAAAAAGAGGGAGGGAGAGCGGAAAAAAAGGUAAAUCAAUACUUACAAGGAAGAACCAGAUGCAAAAAUGUUAAAAGCCAUGAUCCAAAAAAGCAUGUUGUAUGGGAAUAAGGAGAGGAAGGAGAGAGGAAGAGAGAUAGAGAGUUAGGAGAGAAGGUUAUCAGUACUCUCCUUCUUCCUCUCCUUUUAUAAGGAUGGCUUUGUUUAGUCUUGGAAGAUUGGAGUUUGGCUAAGGUUGAUUAAGGUGAAAGAGAGUAAUGCUAGGAGCAUGGGAAAGAAAGGUAGCUGGCUGUCUGCAAUCAAAAGGGUCUUCACACCCAAUUCCAAAGAGAAGUUGGUUCAUGGCUCAGAGAAGAAAGGUGUGAAGGAGAAGAAGAAGUGGGGAUUAGGAAGGCUAAAGCAUGGGGAAUCACAUUCCUUCAUGCCACUCUAUAGAGAGCCAAGUAGUAUUGAGAAGAUACUUGGGGAUGCUGAGAGGGAGCACCAAAGGACACCUACCAUGCAUUCUAGGGAGCACCAAAGGACACCUUCCAUACCCUCAAGGGAGCACCAUAAGUCACCAUCCAUACCCUUCAGGGAUCACCAACAGACCCAUUCCUUGCCUUCAAGGGCUCACCACUAUAAAGCAAUUGCAACCCCAAAUUACCAUCAGAGUGCAGCCAUCAAGAUCCAAACAGCAUAUAGGGGUUAUCUGGCAAGAAGGAGCUUUAGAGCAUUAAAGGGGCUAGUGAGACUUCAAGGAGUGGUACGUGGACAGAACGUGAAACGCCAAACCAUGCAUGCAAUGAGAUGUAUGCAAUUGCUUGUUAGAGUUCAAUCACAAAUCCAUUGUAGGAGGAUUCAAAUGAUGGAAAUCCAAUCUCUCCAACGACAAAAUCUACACCGGAUUAUUGACAAGGAUUUAGAGAGCAGCUUAGGCAAAGGCACCAUGACUCACCUUUCUGAAACAGAACAGCUUGAAGAUUGGGAUGAUAGCGUGCUCACAAAAGAGGAAAUAGAAGCAAGGAUGCAAAGGAAGGUAGAGGCUGUGAUCAAGAGAGAAAGGGCCUUGGCGUAUGCAUAUUCCCACCAGCUAUGGAAGGGCACACCGAAAUCGGCGCACACCGCCCUGAUGGAGAUCAGGUCCGGGGGGUUCCCUUGGUGGUGGAACUGGCUAGAACGACAGCUCCCUUCUCAUACACCAGAGGACCCGACCGCACGUUUCAAAAACAACGUUACACCAUCCAAGCCCAGCCCAGAGCCCAAUGCCCGGAUCAAGCCCCACAACUACAAGCAACCGAAAUUCAGCGUCGAAGGCUUCGAUGUGGCUACGCCCAGGUCAGGAAAGUCAUCACCCAUGAUGAAAGCAAAGCAUGUACCAAUCCUAACUGUUAAAACACCGCAGAACAAUAGCCCAGCCCACUCAAAGCCCAUGAAGCCCAGAACUAGUAUGGAUGGACACUCACUUGGUGCAGCUCUACUGAGGGACGACGAAAGCCUCACGAGCUGCCCAUCGUUCUCGGUCCCAAAUUACAUGGUGCCGACGGUGUCCGCUAAGGCGAAAGUGAGGGCCCACAGCAUUCCUAAAGAGCGGUCGGCAGCGCCCGCCGAGCGCGUGUCAAAGAAGAGGCUGUCCUUCCCUCUCACCCAUAGCAUUGGGGCACUGUUUACAGGGAAGGACUCUACUUCUCAAAGGAUGUCAGGGAACCAUAAGUCCUUGCAAUCUAUAGGGAAUUUGAGUGUGGAUUCUACCAUUUCUUUGCCUGUUGGGGUUGGGAGGAAGCCUUUUCAAAGAUUUGUGUGAUUUUGUAUGGUUUGUGUUUGUUUUUCUUAAUUUUUAUUGGGAUUUGAAGGUAUGCUUUGUAUAACAAUAAUAAUCAUAACAACAUUGGUAUGUAAGGGUUUGGAGAAAAAAAAAAAUGGAUGUUUGAGGUUUUGGAUUUUUA